AAAAAACCCACUGUUUUGUUGCUCUUCUGGCCAUCAAAACCCUCGCUAUCUUCUUCAAACCCUAGCUUCUUGAUCCUCUCCAUCUUGCCAUCCAAUCCGUUCUUCGAGAUCCUUGCCUCCCUUGAUCGCCUCAUACCCCGCCGCCGUUCCCAUGGUGAACGGCAAGCUCGAUCUGAUGCCCCCGGCCAAUGGCCGGGCCUUCCGGGUUGAUCCAUCUGAACGCAACGAGGAGACAAAAGGGAUUCUGGGGCCUGCUAUUGAAAGUAGAGAUCAAGUAAAUUUGGACAGCAUUAUUCCUUUAUCUCCCCAGUGGCUCCAUGCGAAACCUAAUGAUAGCAAGAGCUGGAGUUCUGCAUCUGUGAAGGAUAACUGGCGGCUGGAUGGGUCAUAUCAGAAGAAAGAUUGGAGAAGGAAUGUACCAGAUACUGGUAGUCACUGUUGGCAUGAAGAGGAGAGGGAAACUGGGUUACUUGGUCGGAAAGAACGCAAGAAGGAAGGGGAUAAAGAUAAUGGCCACCGAAAAAAUGAGCGCCGCUCUGACAAUGUUCCUGUUAGAGAAUUUGUUGAUUCAAGAAGUUCCUUAUCAUCUGAUCGGCUCCCUGAAGUGACAAGUCGUACUCCUGGACAUGAUUCUCGUCGAGACAGCAAAUGGAUGUCUAGUUGGGGUUCUGAAGAAAAAGAGAAAGACUCUCGAUAUGAGAGAAGGAAGGAUCAGGAUAGGGAGGAUGCUUGUGCAGAAAAGCAAUCUUCUGUUGGAACCAAUCGUCUUGUUCCUGAAUCUGACUCUCGUGAUAAAUGGAGGCCACGCCAUCGUCAAGAUGUGGUUUCAGGUGUGACCUCAUCUCAUCGUGCUGCCUUAGGAGGGCGUGGGGAGGGCUCAAUUGUUGGGUUUACUUUCGGAAGGGGGAGGUCAAAUUGUUCAAGGACCUCUGACAGCAGAGUCUCUGGUGCUGGUCCUAUUGGUGCUGCAUGUGACAAUAAGAUUGACUUGCAUGGAAAAUCUGGUCAAUGUACUGAGAUAUUCCGUUACCCUCGGGGAAAACUCCUUGAUAUAUAUAAGCAAAAGGAUUUGGCUUUUAGUGAUAAUAUUACUGUGGGCCUUGAAGAUGUUCCUUCAAUCACUGGAUCAAGCUCUAUUCAACCGCUGGCCUUUGUCUCCCCUGAUGCAGAAGAACUGGCACUCUUAGAUGGCAUUUGGAAUGGGAGUAUCAUCGGCGGUGAAGUGUGUUCUGAUUCAACUAAAUACAACUUUGGGAGAGCUGAUAAAAAGGAGAUGGUACAGUCUGAUACAGUGAAUCAUUUGUAUGGAUGUUCUACCUCUUUUAUCAACCAACUGAAGCAGAAAGAGCUUUGGACCAGGACAAAUGCAAAGCUGAGAUCAAUGGGGCAGUCCCUGGUGGCACGAAGUUUAUCUGUUGUUGAGGAAGUUGGUCACCAUAAUAUUGCUUUGCCAGGCUGCAAUCAAACUGAGCCUGAGCAGGCAGUCUGUCAAAUGAGUUCAAUCUAUGCUGAUGGACAUGUGGCAGAUCCUUCUCUUAUCAAGGAUGCUAAGUUUGAAGACAUGAACUCAGAUUUGCCCAUUGAUGAUGCUUCUAUUCUGCCUGAUGAUUCAAAAUGUUUACUUGAUACAUCCUUUAUCCUGAAGACUUCUCAAUCUGACCUACAUCAUCAGAACAUCAACAAUGAAACAAAGCAAUCCAGACAACAUACUCCCCAUGAGCUGAGUUUGUUUUAUCGGGACCCCCAAGGAGAUAUUCAAGGACCUUUUCUAGGUGUUGAUAUUGUCUCAUGGUUUGAACAAGGUUUUUUUGAUGCAGACUUGCUUGUGUGCUUAUCAGAUUCUCCGGAAGGUUCGCCAUUCAUGAGACUUGGAGAAGUUAUGCCAUAUUUAACUCCUUCAGCUCUUACUGGCAAUGCAUCAGAAGAUUCAAUCAACCUGGGGAGCAGCACUCCAUCUGGUUUCAUUGAUGCUGGUGUGACAAAAGGCCAACACAGGAUAUCCAUUGUUUCACCAGAGCCUGAGGUUCAACCAGGAAUCUGUAAGCCUGAUGAUCUUGUUAAUCCUCAAUAUGAAAUGUUGCCACUCUCUCUUUCAGAGACUACAGAUAUUGUUAGCACUGGAAAGCAGAACUUCCAUGAAUCUGCUGAUCAAGAUGUUGAAGUAGUAUUGUAUCCUGGAAGAUCUUUAGCUAGACCAGAGAGUUCCACAGAGAAGCUUGCUGAUAACCUCCCAAAUCUUCCCACAAGUUCUAAAGCAAACUAUAUACAAGGGAAUGAUUUGGAUGAAUCUUCUUUGAACGUUAUAGCGGAUGGUGAUUUACAUCCUCUUGGAUUAUUGUGGUCUGAGCUGACAGGAGCAAUUUCCAAGGGCCCGCUUUCAUCAAAUUUAUCUGACCUUAGUGACAGGGAAAAUAUUUUCUGUCCUGCAACAGGUGGAGAGGGUUAUUUUGCUGGCUACAGACAGGAAUCAUUGGAUCCAGCAUGUGACUUCUCUGUUCAUGAUGCAUGGUCUGGUAAGUUUAGCGCAGGGAGUGGUUCAAAUGCUGCUUAUAAUGCGCUUCAUGAGAGCCGAUUGCAAAACAGGGAAUUGCAAGCGAACCAGUUUUCUUUUAAAGAGCGAUUUCUAAGCCAGCUGUUUCAGAACACACAGCUUCCACAAUGUGGUGGGCUCAUGUUCCCUCAUGAAGGACUGCAUUUGACUGGAACCUAUGCUGAUGAGGUUCAUGGUUCUUUGCAAGACAACCUGUUCAAAAAUCAAGGCCACGUUGAUGGGGAGCAUCUCUUGCAAUUUAGAUCCCAACCCAAGCAGCAGAUUCAGCAAUUGCAGUAUCUGAAGCAGCAAUCAGAUCAAGAGCAACACAUUCAGCAAUUGCAGCAGCUGCAGCAACCAUGUCAUCAGCAGAUGCACACUCAGCAAUUCCACCUGCAACAACUCUGUGAUCAACAGCAGGUUCGUCAUUACAAAUUUCAACUUCUACAACGUUUACAACAUCAGCAACGCGAAGAGCAAAAACAAAUAGUUCUGAAGCAGUUGAUGGACCAGCAGUUGAUGGAUCAGCAGUCGUGUAUUCCUGAAUUUCAAGCAUCACAUAUCAAUCCACUAAAGGAGGGAAACAUGCUAAACUUUCUGUCUAGGCAGCCUCAUUUGCACGAAAUGCAACAGUGUUACCCCCCUGUUAUGAGGCAACAUGAUCCAUCCAUUGACCGAUUUAUCCAAGCAAAACUUGGGCAUAACCUUGAUGAGCACAUUGAAGAUCUGUUUCAGGCUGUACCCCAUGCCAAUCAUGGGGAGAUGCACUCAAUGGAACAUCUUCGUUUUGACCCUCAACAGGAGCAGCGACAAAGACAGCAAUUCACCAAAACUUUACUGUCAUGGCCUGAUGUGGAGGAAGAUAGACGUAGUGGUGGGGUUUGUUCAGUUAACGAACAUGGGCAAUUUGUUGGGGCAGCUAGUUAUCCACAGCAUAUUCGUUCUGCAGGACCUAGCCCACUAGAUUUCCUUCAACAUCAAGGAGCCCAACAAGGUCCAUAUCGACUUAAUUCAGAGUCAUUUGAAAGAAUUAAUCCGUCAGAAAAUAUUCUUAGGUCGAAUACAGAUCUUGUGAAUAUUUUACCACAACUUGACAGGCAAGGUAUUCAUGGGCUACAUGAUGAGACCCUCUCUUCUGCUAAGAUGGCCCGGUUUCCUUCUGCUGUUCCUUUCCACCAAAAAUUAAUAGACAGACAAUGGUCUGAUUCAAAUGAAGGCAUGCCACAGAACACGGUGGGAUUACAACUCAAUCAAUUGUCAUUGGAAGACAAACAUCAGAAUAGAGGUAUGAAUUUUAAAUUUAAUCAUCAUGUGGAGGAUGCACAUUCCUGGGCACCAUUUACUGGAAAUGAUGGAAUUUCAAGACCAAGUUCGAACAACUUGCCUCAGCAAAAUCUGGGUCUUCAAUCUUCACGAUAUCCAGGAUUUAUCAAUAGUGCUGCUUUGCCAUCAUACGAGACCAACGAAGCAUCCUGGCCUCUAUCUGGUUCUGCUAUAGAUCAUUCUCGUCGUCUUCAAGAUCGAGUUUUCACGCGUAAUUCUCAACAUCAAGGUAUUGGCCAUUCACCAAAGGGGCAGUUGAUGAAUUCAAAUUUAGAAGAUCAUACUAAUAGAAUUGAGACUCAUGGGGGAUUUGCUUUCUCUCCUGUUCCUGAGAGUUUUAUUAAGUAUCAAGGGAGUAUGUUUACUAGAAAUGGUUCUGAUGAGGUGAUAGAUGAUUCUAAGGUUCUUAAUUAUGAACCUUUGAGUGGAAUUAAUGGAAAGAAGCAUGACUAUGAGCUUGUUAAGGUAGCAGCUUUUGAGAGUGACCCUCCAGAUAGUAGGGUUGAACCAGUUCGCAACUCUUACGCGAAUCAUGGAGUGCUGGAAGAUAAUGCAUCCAUCAGACAUGCUUCGGUCAGCAAGUCUGGUGGAAGUUUGAGCUUCUCUAACAAUGGAGUGGGAGCGGAUAAUUCUUUUGCAAGAGAUAGGGUUAUCAAAAGGGUUCCUGCAAUUCCUGUGGAAGAGGGUGGCGAUUCUUUGAUGAAGUUAUCACAAGAACCCCAAAUUUUAGCUUCUCGAGUUUCUCCCUCAGAGCUGUCUUUUAAUCAGCAAACCCGACAGAUAAAUCUGUCCAAGUUCUCUUCUACUGAAGAUGGAAGACAACAAUUGAGAAGAAGUUCACCAUCCCCAGUUCCAGAAACUCCAGCUGCAGGCAAGGAUGGCGCUAAGCAGGCCUCAUUCGUCGACAAGCUAAAGAGCACCCGGAAAACCGCCGCCUCUGAGUAUAAUACUAAUACAGACACCCAGGAUACUGGUUCGGCCCAGAAUACCAAAAAGAAAGGUAAAAAAGGGAAGCAAAUCGAUCCAUCCCUUCUUGGUUUCAAGGUGCAAAGCAACCGCAGGUUGAAGGGCGAGAUUCACCGUCUCAAUGACUAGGUUUUCAUUGUGUAUACUUGUGCAUUUCUUCGUCUUUCUUUCCAUUGACUGUACAGGUUCUUGUAUAGUUUCUAGGUUUUAUUCAUAUUCGUUUUUUCAUCGGUUGCAAAGCGGGUUCGGUUUUGAGAGUUUUGAGCCCCUGUUUGUGAGUUUGCUCAGUGUGGUUAUAUUUAGAAAUAAGUCUUGCAGGUAGAAGUUGAAGAACUCUUGCAAUGAAAUAGCUCAAAAUUCAGGUCA